AUGUCAAUGUCAGUAGCAGCAGCAGCAGCAGCAGCAGCAGCAUCAAGGAUUAUGGGCAUAGGCACAAGAAGACUGAGAUUUUCACAGAGACACCAUGACCGUGUAUGCCGUGGCAAGCGAUUGUACACAGUAUAUCAAAGAAAGGUUAGCAGAUUUAAAGUUUGGUCCCUCCCUGGGCAGGUUCUUAGACGUAUACAACAUCGACGUAUCUGUGAUGAAAACAAUUCCUCCAUUCGGGUAACAGCAGAUACAAACGCAGACGAAGUAUACGGCAGCGGCAACAAGGAUCAUUUUGGUGCCAAGGGAAGGGAGCACCAGAGAAGAGGACGCCUGCACACCUCAGCCCUGGGAGGAGAAGUGAACCCCGAAGAAGGCGUUGGAGCAUACGCUGGGUAG